GUCGGUUCGCUCCGUCUCCGAAACCCUCGUCUCCGUGGCUUUCCUCGCUUCCCGUCCAUGGCGGGAGAAGACGGCGACGACGAGGCGUCCAUCGAGCGGCAGUUGGAGCAGCAGGUAGCGGAGCAGAAGGAGUCCCUGGCGGCCGUCGACGAAGCCCUAGCUGCCGACCCUUCUAAUCUCGAGCUUCUCUCGGUUCAUGAAGAGCUUAUCUUGGCAAUCAAGGAUGCAGAGGAAGGGCUGCUUAACUUGAAACGAUCACGGUUAUUAAGGGAAGCUGAUAUGAUAUUUUCAGGACAAGAAGCUGAGUCUAUAAGUCAGGAUGUCAAAGUGGAGCCUCUGGAUCUUAGACAGGACAAAUCAGAACUAUCGGAAUCAGAAACUAACUCUGUAGGUUCGAAGUGCAGAUUUCGUUACACAGAUGGACGCUGGUACAAUGGUCAGAUAGUUGAACUGGGGAGUCCUACUUCUGCAAGAAUUUCAUUCCUGACCCCUACAUCUGAAGGCAUGACGAUGUGCAAGUUCUUCCUACAGCAAAGAUGUCGAUUUGGUAAUAACUGCCGCUUAUCACAUGGACUCAUUGUUCCUAUCUCAUCAUUGAAGAAUUACAUUCCCACUGUAUGGAAGCAGUCCUUGGUAGGGUCCAGUAUUUGGGCAGCUGCUGGCAACUAUUCUGGCAUAUGGCGGAAAGCUGAGCUCGAGUCAUGGGAUGAUGAACUCAUGGUGGGUCAAGUCGUUUUCCAAGAUGAUGGCAGCUCUGUGAAGCUUUCGAGUGAUGCUCUCUCCAUAUCAGAGUAUGCUGAAAUGAGUGAUGGUGAGGAGAAUGAUGAUGACUUUAGCUCAGAUGGAUCUGAAUCCAGUGAAGAAGAGGAGGAUACUGACAGUGGAAUCGGCCAUCAAGGCCUGGGGUUUUUGGAGGCUACAAUAUUACAGAAAGGUGUUCAAACAGAGACCACUGUGUUUGCGAAGUGGGAGCAUCACACCCGAGGUAUUGCUUCUAAAAUGAUGGCCAGCAUGGGUUAUCGUGAAGGAAUGGGAUUGGGUGCCUCGGGCCAGGGGAUACUUGAUCCGGUUGUGGUGAAGGUUCUUCCACCAAAGCAAUCUCUUGAUCAUGCUGUAGCCAAUGAGAAUGAUGAAAACAGUGUAGGUCGUGGCAAGAGGCGCAGCAGGGGUGGUAAGAGGAAGCGUGAAAAGAGGUAUGCAGAUGCUGCUCGGGCUUCUAAAGCCGAAGAAGAGAAGGCCCCGGAUGUUUUCAACUUCAUAAACAACCAACUCGCUGGGCAAGAUGUUGCAUAUGUAUCCAGCAAUAGAAGUAAAAAGGGAACAGGUAAUGGUGAAGCCUCUGCCAGGCGGGAGGAUAGGCGGUCAUUGGUGGCAUAUGAUGAUGAGGUGAAAGAGCUGAGGAACAAAAUUGAGAAGCUCGCAGAGAUGGUAAACCGCAACCGCAAGGACAAGGCAAUAUAUGAAGCGGCCACAAGAAAACUUAAUGAAACAAGGAAAGCUCUGGCAGAUGUCGAGGCUGCUCAUGCUGCAGCCUCCAAUGCUGUUGUGAACAAGGAGAAAGAGAAGAAGUGGCUUAAAUUCUGAUGUUUCUUCACCGGAUAAAAUUUUGCUGCCAUGUUCAAGUAUAAACGACUGUUUAUUUGGAAAUUGUAUGAAGGGAGCUUGAUUGGUGAAAAGCUUCGAGCUGCUUGUGGACUUUUGUCAAUGUAGGGUAGUAUGGGCCUAUAUGUAUGGAGGUUAUUCCAAACCUAACUCUCUUCUUAUGUGCAAGUAGGGAACAUGAAUGUGCUGGAAAUUUUACAUUUUGAGAAUGUUUUUAGCAGUUUGUAAGUUCAGAGAAGAUAAAUUUUUCUUGGAGUCUGUAGUUGAUAUGAUUCUUAUGAGGUCAUUAAUGAACUUUUGAUU